AUGGGGGGCCGCCAGUGGUCAGCAGGUCGCGCUUCCUGGCACCCCGGCUGCCUUGCCUCUGCAGCAGCACUCCCAAGCCCCGUCCUGAACCCAGACAUCCGAUACAACCAGCUGUUGAUUAACAACGACUGGCAAGAUGCAGCCAGCAAGGAGACCUUCCCGAAAGUCAGCCCCACCACUGGGGAGGUCACUGGGCAUGUGCCUAAAGGGAAGCGGGCCGACGUGGACCGGCCUGUGAAAGCAGCCCAAGACGCUUUCCGCCUGGGGUCUCCAUGGCGCCAGAUGGAUGCCUCCGAGUGGGACUGGCUGUUAAACUGCCUGGCCGACCUUGUGGAAAGGGAUCGGGUCUACUUGGCCUCACUGGAGACCUUGGACAAUGGAAAGCCCUUCCAGGAGUCUUACGUCUUAGACCUGGAUGAGGUCAUCAAAGUGUACCGGUACUUUGCUGGUUGGGCUGACAAGUGGCAUGGCAAGACCAUCCCCAUGGAUGGGGAGCAUUUCUGCUUCAUCCGUCGUGAGCCCAUUGGCAUCUGUGGCCGCAUAAUCCCCUUGGUCAUGCAGGGCUGGAAGCUCACCCCAGCGCUCGCCACAGGCAACACUGUAGUCAUGAAGGUUGCAGAGCAGACCCCCCUUUCUGCCCUGUAUUUGGCCUCGCUCAUCAAGGAGGCAGGCUUUCCUCCUGCGGUGGUGAACAUCAUCACAGGCUAUGGUCCAACAGCAGGAGCAGCCAUCGCCCAGCACAUGGACAUUGACAAAGUCACCUUCACUGGUUCCGCUGAGGUGGGCCGCCUGAUCCAGAAGGCAGCCGGCGAGUCCAGCCCCAAGAGAGUCACCCUGGAGCUGGGUGAGAGCCCCAGCAUCGUGUUGGCCGAUGCUGACAUGGGCCAUGCCACGGAGCAGUGCCAUGGAGCCCUCUUCUUCCACAUGGGCCAGUGCUGCUGUGCUGGUUCCCGGACCUUCGUGGAAGAAUCCAUCUAUGAUGAGUUUCUCGAGAGAACCGUGGAAAAAGCCAAGCAGAGGGAAGUCGGGAACCCUUUUGAGCUGGCUACCCAGCAGGGCCCCAGGUGGACAAGCAGCAGUUUGAAAAGAAUCCUGGGCUACAUCCAGCUUGGCCAGAAAGGAGGUGCAAAGCUUCUCUGCGGCAGGGAGCAUUUUGGGGAUCAUGGUUUCUUCAUCAAGCCCACGGUUUUUGGUGGUGUGCAGGAUGACAUGAGGAUCGCCAAGGAGGAGACCUUUGGGCCUGUGCAGCCCCUGUUCAAGUUCAAGGCGAUUGAGGAGGUGAUUGACAGGGCCAACAACAGGUAUGGCUUGGCGGCUGCCAUGUUCACCCAGGACCCGGACAAGGCCACGUACUUCACUCAAGCACUCUAAGCUGGGACGGUAUGGGUGAACACUUACAACAUCGUCACCUGCCACACACCAUUUGGGGGUUUCAAGGAAUCUGGCAAUGGAAGGGAGCUGGGAGAAGAUGGGCUUAAGGCUUACAGAGAGGAGCUCUGGUAG